AGGUGCGCGCGUUGUCAUUUAUGAAUUAACUGUUAGACUUCUCCGAUUUGUCGCAAAGCUUGACGAUGGCACCAAGCGUCAAGUUGCCGAGCAUGAUAUUGAGUUUGAGGUUAACAUGAAACAUUCUACGGUUGAAAAAAUGGUCGAACUCAUUCGGUCCAAAAUUGUUUGGGGAAGUAGGCAAGAGGUACAUAUUUUGUGCCAAGACAAGCACUUUGAAUCAGUUGAGAGGAUCGAUAAUUAUUGGAAGCUACUGACAGCUUUUCUUGAGAGAUGGGAAGAAAAAAAUUGCUAGUGCUAGCUCAAGUUGUGGACAUUGCAAAUGGGGUUACAGCAUCAUAUUGCUCUGAAAAUAUCCCAUCUAGUGAGAUUGUGGACAAUAUUAUCUGCUCAAGUUCCGACGUUUACCAGUCGAAUGCAAGUAGUGCAACAUGUGUCGACAAUUCUACAACUGGUAAUUUUCUUAUUAGCAAUUCGAGAUAUAUGCAAUCUGAUGGUGAAGUCAUUGAUUGGUCCACUAUUGCGAUAACUCCUAUUGGUGAUGAUGUAAUAUAUCCUAUAUCCCAUGAAGACAUGUGUGAGGUACUCGGAAUUGAGGAUGAGACCGAGGAUGCUCAACCAGUAGAUGAGCCAGUUCCGGUUGUCGCCGGCCAUGUUAGUGAUGAGUUAAUGGCUGAAGGAGCUAUACCAGUUGAUGAUCACGUUCCCGAGGAGAUAGAGAUGUCAUAUGACAAAGAUUAUCCUAAAGUUGAGGAAGGGUCAAUCUUUCCAACAAUGAUAGAUUGUAGGAGGGCUGUGAGGCAAUGGGCAAUUAAUGAAGAAUUUAACCUCGGAACUCAUAGAGCUAAUAAGAGUAUGUGGAUGGCACAUUGUAUGGCUGAGGAUUGUCCAUGGAAAAUAACAUGUCGUUUGAUGGCUGAUAAGACAAAGACCAGGGUUAACAAGAUAGGGCCGGCGCACACAUGUGUUUCAAGUAGCAGACUAAAUUCAGCAAUGGCCUCACAGGAUUGGGUUCGAGAAAGGUCUAAGAAAAUUUUGAGGAAAACUCCAAACAUUGGUUGCAAGGAUUUACAAGAGAAGUUGGAGGGAGAUUGGAAUGUAACCACUGGCUAUGACACUGUAUGGAAGGGGAGAGAAAGAGCAAAGGAUGAGAUCUAUCGGUCUUGGGGUAGUAGUUUCCGAUACCUAUUCAAUUUUAAAGCAGAGAUGGAACUGAGAUCUCCCGAAAGCAUUGUUGAGGUCGAUACUAAACUAACGGAUGGUAAGGUUUACUUCCACAGAUUCUUUAUGGCACUUAAGCCUUGUGUAGAUGGAUUCCAUGCAGGAUGUAGGCCUUAUCUUAGCAUAGACUCAACUGCAUUAAAUGGAAAGUGGAAUGGUCAUUUAGCUGCAUGUACCGCUUUAGAUGGUCAUAAUUGGAUGUUUCCUCUUGCAUUUGGUUUUAUUGAGGUUGAAGAUGAAGAAUUGGACAUGGUUCAUGACACACUUGCAUAUAGCAUUAGGGCCAAUUUCAAAGCUUGCUAUAUGUACCGAUGCAUGCAAAGGCUUAGAAAAUGUAGUUAAGAAAGUUUUCCCUCAGGCAGAACAAAGGGAGUGUUUCAGGCAUUUGAUGCAGAAUUUUUCAAAAAGAUAUCGUGGUGACAUAGUUGGACGCAUGUGGGGUGCGGCCAAGACACAUAGACCCUCAAUAUUUGAGUACCAUUUCUCCAAGGUUCUAGAAUCUAGCCAAACUGUGGGCAAGUAUUUGCAAGAUUACCAUAAUCUGAAGUGGAUGAGGUCUAGUUUUGACACUGAGAUCAAGUGUGAUUACAUUCAUAACAACCUCGCGGAGAGCUUCAACAAUUGGAUUAAAGGAAUCAAAGAUCUUCCUGUUGAUGGGUUGGCUGACACACUUAACGGAAAGAUAAUGAAAUUGCUCGAGAAGAGGAGAAAGAUUGGGGAGAAGCUACAAGGACGGAUACUGCCAGCAGUUGUACAACAAGUGAAUAAUAGAACUAGAGGACUUGGGCACUUGAAAGUUACCAGAUCAAGUAAUUGGAAGUGUGAGGUGAGGGACAUCAACAAAGACAAUUUGAGGCAUGUGGUUAACAUAGAACAAAGUGAGUGCACGUGCCUCGAGUGGCAGCACACAGGCAAACCGUGUGAACAUGCACUUGCUUUCUUGAUUGGAAAAAGGAACGUGAAGAUGGAAGAUUAUCUUCAUGAAUACUACUCUCUAGAAAGGUUUAGGGCAGCUUAUAGGGGGGUUGUUGAGCCUCUCACAGACCGGUCACAAUGGCCUAAUGUUAAAUUAGACUUUCUAUUACAUGCACCACUCCCCAAAAGUUCAGUUGGAAGAAAAAGGAAGCUGAGACUGAGAAGUUGCCUUGAAAAGGGAGGGGGGAAUUAUAAAAAGAAACCACCACCGAAAGGUCAAUUAGGAAGCUAAAACAGGUGCAAGAAGUGUAAGCAAUUGGGACAUAGGCAAGCUGGUUGUCCGACUAAUGGAGUGAAGAAAAGGAACUCCAAAUCUAGAAAGAUAAAGCCAAACACCGAAAUUGAUGUUGAAUGUACAAUCCCAGGAGAUGUCCUGCAAGGCAGCCCUCGUCCUGUCACAAGGAGUCAAUCAUCUCUUCGUAGCCCUCUUGGAGGGAUGUCUCCACACGCUAGCCCUCGCCCUAUGACGAGGAGUCAAUCUUCUCUUGGUAGCCCUAAUGGAGGGAUGUCGCCGUUGGUUGUCCCACACGCUAGCCCUCGCCCAAUGACGAGGAAUCAAUCUUCUCUUGGUAGCCCUAAUGGACGGAUGUCGCCGUUGGUUGUCCCACACGCUAGCCCUCGCCCAAUGACGAGAAGUCAAUCAUCUCUUGGUACCCCUUUUGGAGAGACAUCUUCAUUGCCUGUCAUACAAGGCAGCCCUAAUCCAAUCACAAGAAGGCAACUUUCUAUGGAAACAGAGACUCCCACUUCUCCACCAAAUGUUGGUGUGAGGCUCGCAAAGAAGCUUACGCCGAAGAGGAGAAAAAGAGUGUAGAAUGCCAUUUUGUGAUCAUGUAGUGUGUAGUAGUCAUCUUUACGAAAUUGAUGCUACUUCGCGUAGUCGAUGCUUUUGGAUUGAAUUUACCCUUUCAUUGUCUCUGGGAUCUUGUCGU